CACCACAUGAACGCAGCACCAGACCAAAGCAGCCGAUCGUCGAGGUUUGUUGCCAAUGACAGUCGCCUGCUAGCUAAAGUCAUGGCGCUGCUAAAACGAAGUUGCUGUGUUGCUGGCCGUUUUUCCGCAAAUCAUCUAUGGCUGAGUCCCAGAUGCAUCCCACAUGUUUACACCAGCAGUCUGACGACUGUGGCAAAAUCCUCCCCAGACCGGACUGAGAGAAAGAAGGAGCUGCUGAGUGACGACGGGCCCGAUCUACAAGACUUCAUUUCAGGGGAAUUAUCUGAGAAAAGCAAGUGGGCAGAGUACAGAGGCAACCUGAAGAGAGGGAAGGGAGAGAGGCUGCGGCUUCCUCCAUGGCUGAAGACGGAGAUCCCCAUCGGGAAAAACUUCAACCGGCUGAAGAACACACUGAGAGACCUCAACCUGCACACAGUGUGUGAGGAGGCCAGGUGUCCUAACAUCGGGGAAUGCUGGGGAGGAGGAGAAUACGCCACAGCCACAGCCACCAUCAUGCUGAUGGGGGACACGUGUACCCGGGGUUGCAGGUUCUGCUCCAUAAAGACGGCUCGUCGGCCUCCACCUCUGGACCCAGACGAGCCCUACAAUACAGCCAAGGCCAUCGCGGCCUGGGGGCUGGACUACGUGGUUCUCACCUCAGUGGACAGAGACGAUAUUGCUGAUGGAGGGGCAGAUCACUUUGCUAAGACCGUCUCCAACCUGAAGGAAAGGGACUCUCACAUCCUGGUUGAGUGUCUGACCCCUGACUUUCGCGGUGACUUGGCAGCAGUAGAGAAGAUCGCCCUGUCUGGGCUGGAUGUGUAUGCCCACAACGUGGAGACGGUGCGAGAGCUGCAACGGUUUGUCCGUGACCCCAGAGCCAACAUUGACCAGUCUCUGAGUGUCCUCAGGCACGCUAAAAAGGUCAACCCCACCGGGCUCACCAAGACCUCCAUCAUGCUGGGACUGGGCGAGACGGAUCAACAGAUACUCAACACCUUGACCGAGCUGCGAGAGGCAGGAGUGGACUGCCUAACACUGGGCCAGUACAUGCAACCCACUAAACGCCACCUGAAAGUGGAGGAAUACGUUACUCCGGAGAGGUUCGCCCACUGGGAGAACGUUGGGAAUGAUCUGGGCUUCAGCUACACAGCCAGCGGGCCACUGGUGCGAUCCUCCUACAAAGCAGGCGAGUUCUUCCUGAAGAAUCUACUGGAGAAGAGAAAAGCAGAAGUCCCCAUAGCCGAAUGAAAAGCAUAGAAGCAGCAGCAGCAGCUUCUAGAGGCUUUCUCCCUUUAGUGUCGACCCGACUACAACUAUACGCAUCUACACGGACGGCUUUACUCCUGCCGGACCAUAAUGCAUCACUGUACGCUGCAGCACAGGAAACACUUAACUUUAUAGGAGUAGUAACAAAAAACAAACAAAACCAAAAACAAGGCCGAUGACAUUUAGGAGACCUCAUGUAAGUACAGGGACCAUUCUGUUCCUUUUCAACACUUGUUCUGCUUAUUUAACCUUCACCAACUCUGAAUAAUAACGUUUGAGAGAGAGGAGAUCAAAGAGAGCAAGCAGCGUUUAAAGGCCUGCAGGUUUGUAGAUAAACUGGAUGAGCAGAAACCUGGUGUUAGCAGAGGCAGUGAUUUGCAAUCUCUGCACCACAGGGGCCCCUAAAUCACACCAACCAUGAACUCCCUCCCCUCAGGGGCCCUGGACUUCAGGUAGAGCUACUGAUCUUUGACCCCUGGCUCCGUUUAUCAACUCUUUGAUGUCUGCUGGUUCACAACUGAUUUAAUGAAGCAUUAAAGAGGGUGUGUUCUUCUUUUUUGGGUUCCAUUAUUCAAGACUUGAAGAGAAAGUACAAUUCAAGCCUUAAACUGUCCUUUUGUCGGAUACAGAAGUAUGAGGAGGAGGAGGUGCCUUUGAUAUCUGUAUCUGAUAAAGAGAGUUUAGGCUCAAACAAAUUUUUUUAAGGUAAAAAACUAUUUUGACUUUUCACCUGGCCAAGAAAGAUGUGCGUUUACUUUCUGCACCGAUUGUUGGGACAGAAGAAACCUUUGAAAUGUACAUUUGUAUUUAAAGAAUUAAAAUUCAUCAGUGCA